CCCUCGGUUCAUGUCCUCGUACGUCGUUCGGCGGGUGCGAAGCUCAUCCCGCCCUCAUCGCUUUCGCGGCUGCCUGCCUCCGUUUCCCUCUCUCCCGCUCUCUGCCAUCCCUCCUCUCAUUAUCAUUGACAUCCGAUCUCUGCAACUGCAACCUCUUACCGCAUGCGCUCCGCAUUGCCCAGCUGAAUUGGAAGAGGAGGCAGCAGCGUUGUUGGUGUUGUGUAGGUGUCAUUGAAGCAGAAGAGUUGUGGGAGUUUGAUAGGGGUGUAUAGCAGCAUGAGUUCAGUCAGCAGGAGCCCAAGCAGGAGCCGCAGCAGGAGCCCUGUGGGUCGUAAGAUCCGCUCUGAUCGGUUUUCAUAUCGCGAUGCACCAUACCGGAGAGAUUCCAGGAGGGGGUUCAGCCGGGACCUUUGCAAAAAUUGCAAGCGACCUGGGCAUUUUGCUAGAGAAUGCCCUAAUGUGGCGAUUUGUCACAAUUGUGGACUUCCGGGGCACAUUGCCUCAGAAUGCACCACCAAGUCCUUAUGCUGGAAUUGCCGGGAGCCUGGCCAUAUGGCGAGCAACUGUCCGAAUGAGGGCAUCUGCCACACCUGUGGCAAAGCAGGGCAUCGUGCUCGGGACUGCACAGCCCCUCCAUUGCCACCCGGUGACCUGAGGCUGUGCAACAACUGCUACAAGCAAGGGCACAUUGCAGCUGACUGCACCAAUGAGAAGGCCUGCAACAACUGCAGGAAGACUGGCCAUCUCGCACGGGACUGCCCAAAUGAGCCAAUCUGCAACCUGUGCAACAUAGCUGGGCAUUUGGCACGGAGCUGCCCGAAGGCCCACUCCAUUGGAGGAGGAGGAGGAGACCGGCUAGGCGGUGGUCGGAGCAGUGGUGGGUACCACAGGGAUGUGGUGUGUAGGAACUGCCAACAGGUGGGCCACAUGAGCAGAGACUGCAUGGGACCCCUAAUGAUCUGCCACAACUGCGGGGGCAGAGGCCAUUUUGCAUAUGAAUGCCCGUCUGGGAGGUUCAUGGACCGGUAUCCUCGGAGGUACUGACCUGAAGUGCAGGUCUAUCUGUCUUUGGUUGAUCCCAAUUGCUUUCUUUCUCACAUAGACUGAUAUGUAGCUUGACCUUUGGAUUAUUUUAGUAGGAUUUUGCAUGCUACUUCAUUUGAUUUACUUCGAUCUAUUCGUGUUGCUUUUUACUUUGAUAACUUGCAAUACCUAUGGUCUUGGUGUUAUGAAGUCGAUGUGAUGUCCAUGUAAUACGCACUGUGAAUCUAUUGAGAAGUUGAGUUACUAGAAUGCGGCCUUGUCUCGGCA